CUCUCGCCCAAUCGGCGCCGGGGCCGUGCGCGCGGACGGGGCUCCGGUUGCCAGGGCUUCGCGCGGCGUCGCGGCCAGGUGCGCUGGGUGCUGCUGCCAUCGCCAUGAACACAAACUCAGUACCAGCAAUUGCCGCUUAAGUAGGACUAUCACUACUCAGUUUCGCAUACAGAGGAUAGAGGCAAAAUGAGUCAAGAUGAUAGAUUUGCUUUCACUGCCGAAUGGUAUGACCCAAAUGCUUCACUCUUUCGUCGUUAUGAACUUCUGUAUUAUCCAAAAGAUGGAUCAGUUGAAAUGUAUGAUAUGAAGAACCAUCGCACCUUUCUGAAGCGCACCAAGUAUGAGAGUUUACACCUUGAGGAUUUAUUUGUGGGCAACAAAGUUACUGUGUUUUCUCGUCACCUUUCCAUAGUGGACUAUGGGGACCAAUACACAGCCCGCAAGCUGGGGAGCCGCAAAGAGAGAACCCUGGCUUUGAUUAAACCUGACGCAAUGCCUAAGCUUGGAGAAUUAAUUGAUAUCAUUAUUAAUGCAGGAUUUACAAUCACUAAGGCCAAAAUGAUGAUACUUUCAAGAAAAGAAGCAGCAGAUUUCUAUGUAGACCAUCAAUCUAAACCUUUUUAUAAUGAGCUUCUUCAGUUUAUAACGAGUGGUCCCAUUGUUGCUAUGGAAAUCUUAGGAGAUGAUGCAGUUUGUAAAUGGAAAACAUUACUGGGGCCAGCAAACUCUGCAGUGGUUCAGGCUGAUGCACCUGACAGUGUCAGAGACACCUUUGGGCAUAAUGGCCUAAGAAAUGCAGCUCAUGGCCCAGAUACUGUUGCUUCAGCUGCUCAAGAGCUGGAGUUGUUCUUUCCCUCCAGUGGAGGUUGUGGACCAGUCAACAGCGCAAAAUUCACAAACUGCACUUGUUGCAUUAUUAAGCCUCAUGCUGUUAAUGAAGGGCUAGCUGGAAAGAUUAUAAAAGCCAUCAUCAAUGAAGGAUUUCAGAUCUCAGCUUUGCAGAUGUUCAACAUGGAGCGUACAAACGUGGAAGAGUUUUAUGAGAUUUACAAAGGCGUUGUUGCUGAAUAUGUGGACAUGGUUACAGAGUUGUGUUCAGGCCCUUGCAUAGCAAUGGAGAUAAUACAACCUGAGCCUCCAAAAGUGUUCAGAGACUUCUGUGGUCCUUCUGACCCUGAAAUAGCCCGUCAUCUCCGACCUGGAACUUUGCGUGCUCUCUUUGGGAAGAACAAGAUUCAGAAUGCUGUCCACUGCACUGACCUACCUGAAGAUGGGCUUUUGGAGGUGCAGUACUUCUUCAAGAUCCUGGACAACUAAGAGCCUCCAUCCUUCCCCCAGGCAAAAGACAUGCACGUAGCAGGAUGUGUUCAUUCAUUUAUUUGUCCAAUGUUUCAACCUGACUGAAAUACAAGAUCAACAAGAGCACUGUACUCCUGGCUAUUGUUACAUGUUAGAACAUAGAGUUUUGCACUUUAGACAACAUUUAACACCAUUCUAUGGGGUACUGCAUUGCUUUUAUAAAGUUUAAAAUAAAGAUUUCUUUUCAAA